AUGACAACUGGUGACGAAAAUUUAGUUAUUAAACUACCUACUGACACAGUUAGUUUGAAAGAGGUGUGUUUGCGUUGUGUCGGCAGGCGCGAGCGCAAGCAGCGGGAGCGGCUGGUGCCGGGAGCUGGCGCCGACGUGCGCCGACCUGCUGGCCAACCGCCACGGGCGCGCCUGCCGCCGCUGCCGGCCUAUCCCGCGCUCUACCCCGAACUACGAACGGCGCUCAUCGCGCUGUGCCUGGGCGUGUGCAUCGUGCUCACCGUCGGCGGCAACAUCCUCGUGCUGCUCGCCUUCAUCGUGGACCGCAGCAUCCGCCAGCCCUCCAACUACUUCAUCGCCUCGCUCGCCGCCACCGACAUGCUCAUCGUUCUUGCUGUCGACUCCCCUCUUCUGUAUUCAGUUAAUGAAUUUUAA